AUGAAGCUUACUCCUCAUGAACAUCUAAUCAAAUUUGAAUCUCUUGAUGCUUAUCCUCCAAAAGUGAAGCCUAUUGUUAGCCGCUCCAAAAACGGAUGUCGUAAAAGAAAGAAGAAGUGUGAUGAGAAAAAACCAAUUUGCUCAACUUGUUCAAAUAAAGAUUUGGAAUGUAUCUGGCCAAAGAAUCCAAGAGAUAAACUCCCAUCUGAUUUCCAGAUUCCAAAAAAGCAUAAGCAUUCAAGAUUUGUAUCAGUGGUGAAGUUUUCUCAAAAUAAAAAUGUCGAUAGUCAAUUGAUCACUAAAGAUGAGCAAAAUUAUCUUCCAACAAAGAGAGGUAAAUCUGGUAUAAUUGAGCCAGUAGAUGAAGCGGAAAGUGCUUCAAAUAAUAGAGAAGAAUCCCCAGAUUCAAACUAUUGUUUGGAUAUUGAGAACAGGCCAGAAUCUAGAACAGGCUUCCAGGUUGAUUUUUUUUCACAUUUCACUUAUGAUCCUGAACAAAAAUUUCUCUUUGCUUGUGCUAAUGGCUUUAUAGAAUCUGUCGGUCCCCAGUAUACACAUCCAUCCCUUACAACAUCUGCCACAUUUACUCCAUGGAUAGAUAAAAAUCCUAUCAUGCAUAAGAUUGCUUCAGCUUGUGGUUGUUCGUUUUUAUCAUGGCAGAACCCAGAUUUGAUACCAUUAUCAUUGGAAAAGUAUCAAAUAGCUAUGAAUGCAUUGGGAGACUAUUUAUUAUCAGAUCAGUCUGAUUGUUCAUCAAAUUGGGUAGGGGCUGCCUUGCAAUUGAUGUGUUUAUGUGCUAAAGGUACAAACAACUUACCAAAGAGUGCAGUCUUGAACUUAUCCCAGUCUUACAAAAUAAUCAAAUCAAGAUUCAUAAGCUCUAAAUCUAAAAGUCAAAUCAUGAAUGGUGUCCAUAAACAUAUUUCAGCUACUAAACAAGUAACUGGUGAUUUUCAUAAUUUCUAUCCUGAAGUGUUCGGAACUGAUAAUUUGACAAUUGAUAUAAGGAAUAGUAAUUUAGACAAAUAUGGAUCGCAUGAUUUUGAUACUAUUUUUGAAAAAAUGUUUCUGGAAAGCUUUGUUUAUAAUUAUUCAGUUGCCAUUUUGCUUUCAGAAAGUCACAAAUACCUCCCAAACCCUUUCGAAGUCUUCAAUAAUCUAAGAAAGGCUUUGAAAACUCCACUGUUCAAUUGUGAUGUUGCGUGGAUGAAUAAUCCAGUUUUUGGUGCUUCCCUUGACUCGUUUGAACUGGUUUCAAAAGCUUCUUAUUUGAUCAAAAAGUUACACGAUCCUUUAAUGCUUUUUACUGCUAAGAAACUUUAUGAUCUGGCAUGUUUCUAUACAUCACCAGUGAUACCUUCUGAUAUCAAAGUUGGAUCCAGAAAAUAUAAAGAUCUAAGAGAUAGUGUUUUGAUGUCUGAAAUAGUUGCAAAAUCUGCAAAACUGAUCCUAAAAAAACUUAUAUCAAUGGAGAUCAAAGUUGAUGAUUGUGAACUACAAAAAGAUUUGAAUAGUAUAUUGGAAAAAUUCAAAUUGAUUACCCCAAAUUCAAAGGUGAAAGCCAUUGGUACUUUCCCAGCUUUUAUAGCAGGAACUGUAUGUAUCAAUCACAUACAAAAAGAUAUGAUAGUUAAUGUUCUAAAGAAUAUUGGAGAGAUAAUGCAUGGUCGUAAUAUACAUAGUGUCCUUGAAGCUCUCCAAAUAGCAUGGGGAACAAGUUCAGAUUGCGAUGAAAUUAAAACCAGAGGAUUAGAUAUAUUGUUUGACAAAAGAAUUAUGAGCAAAGUGCUUCUGUGA